UGAUGUUGCAGAUGUAAGUGCGAUGCAGCAGUGAUCGUGGGAGUGAGAUAACAAACAGUGCAGGAGAGAUAAGGCAUUACAAAUUAGUCAUCAUUCAACAAACGUCAGGGCGAAAAGGCAAGAGGAACAAGUCUCAAGGACGAUACUCAUGCUCGUAAGGAAUCACAGACUACUUGGGAAAAGCUGAGGAGAAGCACAAAUCAUCCUGAGUAGAAUGCAAAAGAGACAAUGGAGUACACCGCAUUGCAUACUCUUCUCUGGCUUUUAAAUGCAUUUACUCUAACAACACAAGAGUUGGUGAAACUUAAUGUGAGUCCCAAGAUUACUGCGGAGUGCGGCAAACAGGUUACCCUAAACUGCGACGUGUCCUCAUCUCCAAAUGGACUAUCAAUCAAACACAUGGCGUGGAUCCAAAACCAAACUUCUCUAUGUUCAGUGGACGAGGAAGGAAAAAUCAAACACUACAGCAGAACUGACUUCCAUUGUGAGUACAAACAUGGACAACUGUCCCUCAUCUUUAAAAGAGUGCGGCCACUGGAGAGCGGAAACUCAAAGCCUUACACCUGCAAACUACAAUCCAACCGUGGAGCUUCCAAUGCAAAAACAAUCGUGGUGGUACAAGAGUGUUGUUGGUCCUUUGAGGGUGUUUGGAAUGAGGGCCAUCCCACCUGCACCUUCAGACAUGUCUACCCGGACGGAGAUGUGCACUGGUUUCACGGCUCCCACAAUCUCUCAGAUGGCUCUGUGAAGCAACACACUACGAAACAGGUGGACAACGGUUGGCUGACUAUCCAUAGUUACCUGGAGCACAAUCUUUCAGGUGUUCCCUACAACUGUUCCUUGAAGAGCACAGCAUCUGGUAGAUACAUUGCUAGUUCUUUGGUUGAGAAUCCUGACCUGCAUAAGCAGAGAGUCAGAGCACAGGUUCAUACAACUCGAGCCAGGAACGGAGUUGGAUCACAGCGACCUAUGUGGACAUUUUUCUUUGUUUUAAUUUCACUUGCUCUCACACUGAAUUAAUGGAUUUGCCAAAGUAAAUCCACACAAUGGAGUUGGGUAAGAUAUUAGGGGUAAAGUGAUUAACAUUGAUUAGUAACAAAGAGGUAUUAAAAUGUGUGCAUUUCUAAAAAUCCAGGAAAUAAGCGUUCUAAGUUGGUCCAAAGAUAUAUGAUUCUACUUUUCAGCUCUUCAAAAAAUACCUUUGUUGUUUUGUUUUGAGUCACGCAUGAGUGAGCAGCAGUUACUGGUUUCAUCACACACACACUCACACUUCAGAUGUUUAAAAAGUCCUUCUGGCUACUACUUAAGUUCAGCCUGAAGAUAUACACCCUAUGGCCACAGAUUAGAAUGUAUUUAUUUCUGAGAGAGUGAGAUGAAAAUGUCAGUUGAAAUCUCGGCUGCCCACUAUGUCUCAACGGGAUGAUUGUCCAUCUAUGGCUGCUGUGGGAAUGCACACUUUCUGCAAGAGAAAAAAAAGUAUCUGUCAAUCGCGAAUAAAAUGCAGACCUCAAAAGAUGAGCUCUGCUGUGAAUUCCCCUUCAGACACACAGAAGCAUUGUGUGUGAAAUAUCAAGAAGCCAGACACAGGAAAUCUCCCUCAUGCAAUGUCUCUGACUCUGUUGUGUGGGUGGAUGCUGCCCUCUGGUGAAUUAUGAUGAGUGCAAGAUAUGGCAAAUAACUGUUUCAGGUUUAUUGGGAGACUACUGAAUCUUCUGAGCCCCACUCCUGACAAACUCUUCAGUUUUAUUGGACCGGUUGCAGCAAAUUAAGAGAUUAAUAUCGGACACCUGGGCAAUCAGAAUCAAAUCUGUGUAGCUAAAAAUCACUGAGUGAUGAAAUGCAUUUUUGCAAUUUGGGUGAACCAAAUCUUUAAGAUGGAUUUUUUAAAAAGGGAUUGCUUUACAGUAUUUAAGUAUAUGUGAACAUGCAGUGACAGAUAGAGCCUAGGUUGUCAGGGUUGCAUUUGGGUUUUAAAUCUGAUCAGCAUCGAGUGUCCUGAGUGCAGCAGAAGAGUAAGAGAACGGAUACCAAUCUUUUCUCCUGGUCUCCAUCUCCACUCAGCCCUGUGUCUUUGCAGGUAUAGGUUAAAGCCGGAGGACCCACCCAGCUCUGAGGCUAAAACCCUGCAUUGUUAACACCUCAAUGCCCCACUUCAGAGAAGGCAUGUGAGAGGCUUUUAAAGUCAGAAUGACUCUCUGCGAAUGGUGACACAGGGGCACGUUGAACCUUUAGUAAGACGCUGCUCAGCUGAGAGCAAACUGGGUGAUUGACAACAAGGUUAACCUGACAAUUCAAUUGCACAUGGAUAGACACACAUGAACACACCCUGGUCACCCUAGGGACCUGGUCAAACCAAAUGUGGGACAAGGAGUAUGUUUGUGUGGGACAAUGUGGGACACCCUCUUAACAUUCUAUGGAAUGUCUCCAUAGAAUGGGAUGUCUAUUUUUGAGCGACACGUUUCUUGUGAGAAUCGCAUUCUCGGUGUCUUUUUACGUCGUAUUCACCGCCAUGUGAAAUUGAAAAAUUACUCUUGCAAAGAUUGCAAAAAACUCUCUGAGAGUCGCCCUGCACUGGCUUCACCCACGGGUAACGGCCCGUCCACACUACAGCUUCGACAGCUUCAAAAACGGUUUCCAACGCUUCUGCCCAUUCACUUUGAAUGGGGUGACGUCACUUUUCG